CACGACUUCUACGCGACAACAGUGGGCCAUAUUUGACUUCUCCAGGAUGGCAACCUUGGCCGAGUAUACUUGGCCGACUCUCAUGACAAUAAUGGGUCCGAUUCCACGGGAGCUAAGGAGUGCUCCUCAUGGGCGCCUUCGAUUCCUUGUGGCAAUAGCAAACCAGCCCUGAGCCCUCAGCACGUCGAUUGAUGUCAGAGCACCAUGUUGCAGGAAUGGGAUACCAACAAGAUCUCCAAACAGCUGGCUCAGACCAUAACACCGUCCAACUACCAUGUCUCCAUUUUCGAUAUCGAAUUCGGAGGUGGAUGGACUUAUGGAGGACAGGUGAUUAUCGAUGCAGACAUAUCGCUCUCAGCAGACACUAUUGUUCUGCAUUGUGACGAGCUCGAGAUCUUCCAUGCUGAGAUCAGGCUGCGCUGUGACAGCCCUCUCGUGACCUGCAGUGCCUCGUCUAUAGCAUUGAACCAGGAUGACAAGAAUGUUAAGAUCAGCUUUCCAGAAUUUCUCCCAAAAGGCCAUGUUCAGUUGCUGGUCUCGUUCAAAGGCAAGAUCGAUCGGUCCAUGACCGGCUUUUACAGGGCCAAAUAUUCGCCUCACGACGAUAUAGACGCAGCGUCAGUGCGAUUUGGAGCCGAUUGCUAUCUAUUGACGACUCAUUUCGAGCCCUGUGACGCGAGGAAGGCUUUCCCAUGUUUCGAUGAGCCUCACUUGAAAGCGACCUUUGAGCUGGAACUUGAAGUGCCUGAUGGAUUGACCGCGCUGAGCAACAUGCCUGAAAAGUCUCGGCGUCCAGGAUCAAAGAAGGGACUGAAAGUAGUAUGCUUCGAGAAGUCCCCGGUGAUGAGCACUUAUCUUCUGGCAUGGGCUGUGGGAGAUUUCGAAUACAUCGAAGCCCUCACCGAAAGGACUUACAGUGGCAAGAAGAUUCCAGUGAGAAUCUAUACUACUAAAGGACUUACACAGUACGCCCAAUUUGCCCUGCGAGAUGCUUGUGAUGCUCUCGACUUCUUCAGCGAGCGCUUCGGGGUAGAUUACCCGUUGCCGAAGUGCGAUCACCUUGUUGUCCACGAGUUCAUAUCCGGGGCCAUGGAAAAUUGGGGCCUUAUUACGUAUAAAGCUACGAAAAUACUAUUUGACCCGCUCACGUCGGACAACAGACUCAUGUCUAAAGCUUCUUAUGUGAUCGCACAUGAACUUGCACACCAAUGGUUCGGAAAUCUCGUCACGAUGAGCGGUUGGACUGAACUGUGGUUGAAUGAAGGGUUUGCUACAUGGGCAGGAUUUUUCGCCGUGGAUCACCUUCAUCCAGAAUGGAAUAUCUGGGGUCAGUUUGUGGACGAAGCCAUGGAAGAUGCAUUCGCGCUUGACAGCUUGGAGGCCUCUCAUCCAAUUCAGACAGACGUCAAGAAUGACGCUGAAGUACACCAGAUGUUCGACAGCAUCAGUUAUUGUAAAGGUAGCUCUGUCAUCCGGAUGUUGGUAAGCCACCUGGGCGAAAGCACAUUUCUGAAGGGCAUCAAAGCCUACCUCGGGAGCCGCUUGUACGGGAACGCAACUUCUGACGACCUUUGGUCUGCCUUGUCGCAGGCAUCUGGCCUGGGGGUGGAGGAAAUGAUGGGUUCUUGGAUACAUCAAGCAGGAUUUCCAUUAUUGAAUGUCGACCCAACGCCGGACGGACUCAAAUUGGCCCAGAGGCCCUGCACAAGUGAGAUGCAACACCCAGCAGAUACACUUUGGUAUAUACCGCUCGGCCUGGAGACGACUCUCUCUGCAGCUACAUGCAACAUGCUAGCUACAAAGUCUGGCUCAAUCAAGCAGACUGGCGCUGUUUCAAAGGUCAACCACAACCACGCUGGCUUUUACCGCACUCAAUAUCCUUUGGAGUACCUUGUGUCGCUUCGUCCAGUGCAUUCAAAAUUAUCAACAGAGGACAAAGUUGGAAUCAUCAGCGACAUGCGCUUCCUCGUUCUCGUGGGGUUGAAGUCUUCGGGAGAGCUACUGUCUUUGCUUCUUGUCUUCAAGCAUGAGAGGGACUGUUUUGUCUGGUCUCAGAUCAAGAAGUCCAUGUCGAUGGUGCUGUCAGCAGUUUCUAAGGAUGUCGAGACCGCGGCGGCCAUCAAGGCCUACAUUCGCAAUCUAGUUGACGAAGUUAAACACGAGAUUAGCUGGACAGGAUGUCCCGACAGCUACGUCAAAGGAGAACUUGAGAAGAUCCUAAUCCAAGUCGCUAGUAUGGCAGACGACGAGAGCGUCCUAUGUCAGAUCAAUCAAAGGUUCCGCGACUGGAAGAACGACAAUCGUAACUCCAUCAAUCGCAAUCUCCAGACACCAAUCUUUGGAGUGUCAGUCGAGAAAGGAGGUGAACAAGAAUAUCAGGAUGUCAAAGCCGAAUACAUCGAGAAUCACUCGAUCGACGGCCGUGAAAUAUGCAUUGCAGCGAUGGGAAGGACCUCACAUCGUGAAAUGGCACGGGACCUGCUCGAUUUCACCUUCUUAUCCGACCGUCAUAUCGCACUGCAAAACAUCCACUUCGUCGGAAUGGCAUUGGCUAACGGGCCGUGUGGCUCGGCACUUUGGGAUUAUGUGAAGCAAAAUUGGGAGACGGUGUACGAGAGGCUGUCCGUCAACAGCGUCGCUCUCAACUGGUUCAUUGAGAACAGUCUGAGCAGUUUUGACGAGCCGGCCAUUGAGAAAGACAUUACCGCGUUCUUUGCAACGAGAAUGAUACCUGACCUGGCUCACCCACUCCGAGUUGCCAGAGACAACAUCAAAAGGAACGCAGCAUACACUGCCAGAGCGGUUCCGGAAGUACGGCAAUGGCUGCAUCAACACGAGUAUCUGUGAAGCAAUUGAAUGGCAGAAAAGCUUGCCCCAUGACUCAGCAACACUUCUCAUUCUAGGCAUUUCUCAUCGAACUGCAACCAGGCGGCUAUCGAACAUAUUCUUUGCCCAUCUUGUCCAAAAUUGCUAUAUCUCCGCGCCUGCCUUCAUACACUGAUCAUAUCGUGAGUAUCGCUAAACUGUUUAGCCUCAUUUGUUCUUAGUCUCCUCAAUGACAGCAUCGACUUGGUCCGACUCAGAGCUUGCAUGUUCUUCUUCACCUUCAAUGAUCGAGGUAUCAGGAUAUUGAUAGGGGAACGCCCAGUGGAGCAAAUAAGCAAUGAGGGCAGCUGGAGGAGACGCAUUAGCAGAGGCCUGACGUUAGGACGCAACUAGACUUACCAACGACGAAUCCAAAAACGAAACUCAGGCUAAAUAUGCGGGUUGCACCCUUUGCGACCUUGAGCGACGGGUUGACUGAGUGGACGAAUCCAGGCAUGCUAGGAACAACUGCGCAGACCCAAGCCACGACUGUCCGCCAGUUGGUGCCAUAGUAGUACCAGUACAACGACUUCUUUGAGCCCACGUACAAGUCGGGGAUGUGGAAGCGCCUGCUUUGGAUGAUGUAGAAGUGGACGCAGAGGAGACCGAUCAUAGGGCCCAAGAAGACGGCAUAUGCUGAAAGGACGGCCAAAAAGCUAGGUUGAAAUAUCAGCAUACGCCUCAACACUGGGCUGGCGACUUGACUUACGUU